AUGGCGCUAACGAAGCUGACUGUCGAUUUUGUUCCGAAGGACUCCGUGGCCUACAGUACGAGCGAGAGCACGUACCUGUGCAUGACGCUGACUGCUUGCUCUACUUGGAAACCAGCGAAUUCGGUCUCUUGGCAGAACCUGCCAGUGAGCAAGUUCGUGAUGUUUUAUACGACAGACACCUGCCGCACCGCAGGCAAGUUCUACUACAUCUCGGAAGUUGGACAGGUGAACGGCACCCACAGCUUUCGGAGCCCGCAAGCGAUUCGGUCGUUUAUGAUCGGGGAAAACGACUACGGACGUCGACCAUCGUUCAUCCGCAAUGCCUGCAACUAUGCCAUGGAGCGCGUUUUUACCACGGACGAUGAGAACAACUCAAUGUCCAGUAAUGAGAUCACGUGGAUCACUGGAGGUUUGUCCACAAACUGGUCCGAUCCUGUUCCGACAUAG